GCUACAAUGGAUCCCAACAAUGUGACAAAUCCUACUUGUAGUUCAUCCAUCUGGCUGACAAAUGCCUUGUUGCCUGAACUUGAAUAUGUUUUUUUCUGUGUGCAAGUGGCUCUCAGCAUUAUUGGAAUUUUGGGGAACAGCCUCGUCUGCAUCACCAUCGCAAAGGCAACAUUCAUGCACAAUGUGACCAACUUUCUUAUCGCACACUUAGCAGUGGCAGAUAUCCUUGUCUGUGUAACCAUCAUUAUUUUUCAAGAAAGAUACAUGUAUAUGUACGUGUGUAGCCCUGAUCUUGAUAAUAACACUGCAAUGAAUGAGAUCCUCUGCAAAUUUUUUCAUGGAAAGAGGAUUAUUUGGGCUGCUUGUAAUAUCUCGAUAUUCAGUAUGGUGGGUGUGACAGUGGAACGCUACGUGGGUAUUGUCCAUCCCUUGAAAUACCCCCGUCUCUUCACUCAGGCCAAAGUUGGACUAAUGAUUGCAGUGAUAUGGACCAUUUCAUUGUCUCUCAAGAUUCCGUAUCUGGUGGUAUCGUCCUAUGACAGCAGCACACAUCAGUGCUUUAAAGAGGGUCUUUCAAACACAAAUACUACAGUGGCUAGUUUUACAUCUAUCCUCGAGUUUGUGCUACCUGCUGUGAUUCUUCUUGGGUGCUACAGGAAAAUUUUGAUCAGCCUGCAAAGAGCUGCUCGAAAUCAACAGCAAGACAACAACCAUGCACCGGCCAACGAGCUACUGGUGGCCCGCCGUCGAGUCAUUAAGAUGCUCUUAGUUGUUGCGAUGAUUUACAUUCUCAUCUGGCUACCGAUAUAUUGUCUGUUCUGGAUUAGCAUCUCGUCCAAGGAUCUGUCUUUCGAAGUAUAUCAUGCUUCAAAAGCUAUAAAACCAACUGUAGCUGUAUUUAAUUCAGUGGUCAACCCCUUUGUUUAUGCAUUCAAGUACAAAGAGUUUCAGCGUGGCGUGCGAUACCACGUUUUUCCCUCUAUGUGCCGUUCGAGGAAGGUGACUGCGGCAGUGAUCACUGUAAUGAAAGAUUAGCUAAAAAGUGUUGUGACAUAAACUGUAGGAUGUGAAACAACCCUCUUACACCUGAAAAUGUAGUAGCCAACGGAUUAUGUAUUACCAACUGAUGGAUUGUAAAUGGUACCAGUGUAUUACUUGACCAAAAAAGUAUCACCUGUCAGAGGAUGCUGAGCUUAAAAGGAGGCAUUUUCUUUGUUUAGUUUGUUGUCCUCACACUGACUUUGAAACUGUACUGCCCAUGCUUUUUGCCCUUCAGGUAAAAACGCUUCCAUAAGUGACGCAUAAUUUGUAGUGUACAUGUACAGUUUGCUGCUAAGCAGUACAUGUAUACAGAACUACAUGUACGUGUAGGUGGGGGAGACUUUCUCCAUUAAGCUGUGCACAGGUAUGUUCAGUCUAGUUUCGCUAACCUUACAUACCUAGUGUGGACUUGUGAACAAAAGAUAUCCACAUGAUGCAGGAACGGAAGACGUUCUGUGAAAUUACACAUGUCCAUAGGACGUUUCCCCUUCUCUGAAAAAGAAGUUUUAGAGGCAUUUUGGGGUAGGGGUCAUCCAUCGUAAAAGGAAGAGGAGUAGUCAAGGUCGUGUUCCGCAUGGUUCAAGAAAAAUGAGUAUUUUCACUGAGUUUUCUUAACUGCACAAAAAGAAUGUCCACACUAGGUAUGUAAGGUUGGUGCACUGUAGUAGGGCUGAGCCCUCAGAGGUGUAGACACUGGGCUUAGCAAUGCAAUAGGCAGUGCAACACUGAGGUGUGCAGCGGGACUUGGGUCCAGUGAUGGUAUAACUGGUAUCAUACUAAGCAACAUGAGAAAUGCAUUGCUGAUGGCAUUCUUGUAUUGCGUUGGCUUGGUUUGUGCGUUGCUUACAUGUAAAUGUAGAUGUACGUGUAUAGAAACUGUGCAUGGCACAGCUUGUGCACUGCUGAUUAGAGUGAAGAGAGUGAUAUCUAUAAGUACAUACAUGUACCGUAUAUGUGAACAUGUGCAUUUGUACCUGUAGCUGUGUAUUGCUAAUCUCAUCACAAGACCACAAAGUUAAAAGUGGUUAAAAUAAAGAUGUACCUGUAUCACGCACAAUGAUACCAAAUCAAAUCAAUUAAUUGCUUGCUGAAAUUUCAUAAUAAAUCAUCGAUGUUGUUUGAGGAUACCUGCAGUCUAAAGGUUUAUUGCUUCCAAGUGACAGAAAGUAAUCAAAUCAUUAUAAUUGACAGUACAUGUACCUUACUAAAAUCAGAUCUGCUCCCUAAGCCUUUAGGUCACUGUGAGUGAUCUCUGGACCUGGGAGAAACCAGUGUUUAGGCAACAGUCUUUACCCAUGGCUGGAUUCAUACUUGACCCUUGUCUUAGAACUUACAUGUACAUGUAUUAUGCAGAUCUAUGAUUCCCGAUGAUU